UAGUAAAAGAUUAUUUCCGGUCUCUUGCUGCAGCAAGGUGAGUGGGAGUACCUGGAGCGCGAGCUCAGAAUGAGAAUCCACGAGUUGUAAGAAAAUGGCAGACAAGCCGGACAUGGGGGAAAUCGCCAGCUUCGAUAAGGCCAAGCUGAAGAAAACCAAGACGCAGAAGAACACCCUGUCGAUCAAAGAGACCAUUGAACAGGAAAAGAGGAGUGAAAUCUCCUAAAAGCCUAGGAAGAUUUCCCCCACCCCACCCCUUCAUCUCUAAGACCCUCUCGUGAUGUGGAGGAAGAGCCACCGGCAAGAUGGACGCGAGCCACAAGCUGCACUGUGAACCCUGGCACUCCGCGCCGAUGCCACCAGCCCGUGGGUCUCUGAAGAUCCCCCCUCCUCAACUAAUCGGACUGCCAAAUUUCACCGGUUUGCCCUGGGAUAUUAUAGAAAAUUAUUUGUAUGAUUGAUGAAAAUAAAACACACCUCAUGGCAAAAAAAAAAAAAAA